AUGACACAUCUAGAGCGGACAAUUGAAUGUUAUGGCUGCUAUAAGAAAUUUCCCACAUAUCCCGCUAUGAUCAUCCACCUUGAGGCCGCUACCUGCGCGUACCUUGAUCAGGAGUACCGCCAGGAAUUACUCGAGCGUGUUGAUCUACAAGCAAUGUAUGGAUGCAUGUACCCAUUUCGGUGCCCAAGCUGCAAGUCGAGCUUCACAAAUCUAUCCGGCCUUUUUCAGCACGUGUACAAUAAUACAUGUCGCCAGGAUCUGCAUGAGGGUAAGAUGGGUAAGUUGAUCAAAUGGCUAGAGAAUCGCCAUAACAUAUGA